AUGGACCGACGUGGACUGACAACCGAGCCGAGCAAGCCCAACACGCCCCUCAUUAGGAACAUCGCCAGGCGACUCGCAGAGUUGCUUCCGGGAGUGGCGGACGUACCGGUAAUCCGAAGCUGGGCCGGGGUGGUGGAACAGGCCCCGGACUAUCUGCCUAUCAUCGACAUCCUGGACUGCCCGAGCAACUACGUGUGUUGUCACGCGUCGGCCCAUGGAUUCGGCAUCUCGCCGGCCACGGGCAAGGUCGUCAGCGAUCUGGUGCUCUACGGCGAGUCGAGCAUCGACAUCAGCGGCUUGGCUGGGCCGAUUUUCCGACGUUAG